UGUAGAUCCGUUCGGCGAAGCAGUCGUGUAUGGAACUCCGGAGUGUUCGGACGUUGCCUGCCUUGUUGUUUCUGCCCUACAUAGUCCACAACCAAUAGUCGUCUAUUUGUGCCGUGGUAUAAUAAAUUCAUAACUUCAAUCAGAGCAAAGAUACUUCUGCUUUGACAUUACGAGGUAUAUCACGAGACUACCCUUCGUUGCAGCGGAUUUCGAACACGUGAUAUACUCUUAUGAAACAUGCGCUCCCAUGAAAGUGAGGACGAAACCCUUUAAUAUAGAAAGGAAAAAUGUUACAAACAAAAAGUAUGGCGUCAUCGUUAUUGGUCAUCGGUACUCUUCUACUCGGAAUCACAUACUGGAAUACGGUGAACGGAGAAACUUGUUCGCGGGAGGAUCAUCAGAGAUGCGUAUCGUUGGCAGAUCCGCUGCUAAAAGAUCCGCAUCUAAUAUUUCCAGACAAUAUGCAGGACAUUGACUUGGUUUGCAGAACGUGGGCGAGUUUUGUAGACUGCAUACGUCGAUAUAUUGAAAAUUGUUUCACGGAACAGAGGAAAGAAGAAUUCAACUCGGCGGUUCAGCUGCCAAUCGCUUCCGUUCAUCAAAUGUGUUCGGUGUCUACUUACCAAGCUGAAUACUUACAACACGCGACAUGCAUAAAAGCAACGGUUACUGAAGCCGAACAUUGCGGCGUGCAGUACGCUGCCUUGGUGGAUGAAGUAUCCAGAGGUGAAGUUGCCCGGAUCAGUCUGUGUUGCUCACAUCAUCGUUUCCGGUCCUGUGUCAUAUCGGAAGCACGUCGUCGUUGCGAUGCUGGCCAAGCCGAAGGUGGAGCAGCUAGGUUUUCAGCAGAAGUUCUUGACAAGGCUCUGAAAUUUUUGCAAGAUCAAUGUGUGAAUUAUAUACCAAACAGCGGCGAUUGUCCGGUUCUGACGACUGAGAAUGUGAUGUCCGUGAGUCCUUUGGGGGAAAGUCGUCCCAGUCACGGGAUGCCUGGUACAUUGGGAACCAGAAGUCGACCGUAUCACAGGACUCAAACACCUGAAAUGAUUUCAGGACAAGCCACAACCACAGUGUAUGAUACGAGUUCGAACGCAGCUUACCCCAACGGGUUUCGAAGUACCGGUCGAUCGCUGAAUCCUCCGACUGUGUCGAACACCGAAAGAAGCGAUUCUUGGUCACCGUCCACGUGGAUGUCGGCAAUAAAUGUGAACAAAAACAGUGUCAGUUUGAGCAACAACGUCAUUCCGAGUAAAGUGGGCACCGAUAUGGAGGGCGAAGACGUCGCAGAGGUGGAAAGCAGCACGUUUCCCAAUUAUGUUAAAACUCAGCCGCAGGAUGAACAAGCCGUUGUCGUAACGCAACGACCAUCCACGUAUGGAAGGGGGAUGUUGUGGACGUCACCGGCGACAGAGGCGCAACCGGAAAUACCGGCCUGGGCCACCAGCACUUGGCUUGUUUCCAAUCAGAUACCCGUGACUGAUGACACCUGGUAUCCAGCAGCAGGUAGUUACGGCGGAAAUCAUAUAGACGAGCCCAAUCAGCAAGGCUUGACAAACGCGCAAAACGGAUUGGCAAACAAGUACGCUACGAUGAUCUGUAUGAUUGGUAUCGCUUAUGUACUGUAAGCGAUCUGUUACCUAUAAGAAGAUCGUUAAAAUUAAUUAGAUAUACAUAACAUAUCUAAUAAUUAACCGUAUUGUAUCGAUGAUAUAAGCUAAUCCUGGACGCAAGUCAAAUCCAGCUCGAGGAGUCAUUUUCAUGAUUUUUAUCGAAGGCUGAAAACAAAUGGAUCUGA